AUGACAGUUAUCACCUCUAUUGGCAGGGUUGCCUUGUUUGCUCUCCUCGCCUUUGAGAGUGUCGUCCAGGCGAGCCCUAUCCCCUACGACAUCAGGGGAGACGUCAUUAUUUCCGUCCCCAAUGUCGGCCACACUCUCACUAGCAGAUCAAACACCGAUUCACUACCGCCUGAGCUUACUGACACCAAAGCGAACGUGAGAGUGGGCUACCUCAAGACGGUGAACAGAGUGCCAUCGAAAAGCCAUCCUCCCAAGGGGCGGCGCACAGAAAUACCGAAUCCCAAUGGGCCGAGAUCCGAACAGACAAUCAACAGGACCAGGGACUAUAUCGAGGCCAAACCUGUCCGGGAACAAGGAAAUCCAACUGCAGUGAAAGUCGGAAAGCCGCGUGGAAAGCGUGACGAUAAAUCAACGCCUAGGCCGUCAACGCCGCCGCCGAUCCAGAUGGCUGUUGAUCAUGUUAGCCCUAUUCCCGGUGGCCCCUGGAAGCACCGGGAAGAGACCAAAUCGAGGGAAACCAUGAAACAGAGACUGGACCAGGGCCCAGAACAUUAA